AUGAUUAUAUUUUUAGUACUUCUUUACACAAAUAUUGACGAAAGUUGUUAUUCAAGUGAUGGAAAAAUCCUUACAAGUGUUAAUGAUACAUCAUCCGACCACAGAAUAUCAUCCACAUGCGAAAUUAUCCAAGAUAAAUGCUUUUAUGAACUCGGCACAUUAAAUUCCUUUUCAUUUCAAGAAAAUCCUAAUUUAACAACAAUUGGGGAGAAAAGUUUUUAUAGAUGCGGAAAUCUUAUCAUUAUCAAUCUAUCAUCAUGCAACAAACUUACAAAAAUAUCUUCUGAAGCAUUUUAUGAGUGCUCUAAAGUCAAUCAGAUACUUUUACCAGAAGGACUCCUUGAAAUAGGAGAUGAUGCAUUUCGAUAUAAUUAUCAAGUGACCAGUAUUGUCAUUCCUGCAUCUGUUAAAAUAAUAGAUAAACAAGCAUUUUAUAGAUGUUCUAAGUUGCAAAAUGUUACUUUUGGGGAAGGAUCAAAUUUAACUUUUUUAGAAGAAAUUAUAUUUGCUCAUUCAUCAAUUACUUCGUUUCAAAUUCCAGAAAAAGUUUCUAUAGUCCAUGGAUAUGCAUUUACAGAUAGACAAUUAACAAGUAUUUCAGUUCAUCCUAAAAAUAAUUACUUAACAACAAAUGGAAAUGCUGUUUUUUCAAAAAAUGAAAGUAUUUUAUUUUUUAUUUGUAACAAAAUAGGAUAUGAAAUUCCAAAUUCAGUCACAGCAAUCGGAGAGUAUUGCUUUUAUCAAUCAUCUAUCCAAACAAUAAUAGUUCCUGUAAAUGUGAAAAAGAUUGAAGGUUAUGUUUUCAGUAGUUGUAAUAGUUUGAUAAAUGUUACUUUUCUAGGUCCAAUAGAUUACUUUGGUGAUCGAGUAUUUGAUGAUUGCAGUAAUCUUGAACUAAUUAUAUUCCCUAAUUCGCCAAUGACUGUUCAAGGAUAUUAUUUUAUUUCAACGGAUAUGCCAAAAGUCAAUUUGUCAUUUACUUGCAAAACUCUAUUUUCUUCUGCUUCAGUUGCAAGGAACACAAAUGUUUCAAUUUUAUAUCUGAAUGAACCAAAUCUUAUUAUUACUCCAGAUCGUUUUAUUAUGAGUUCUGAUCAAACCAAUAUUUAUGAAUACUGGGGAUAUUCUUAUAGUAUUACAAUUCCUGAAUCUGUUACAAAAGUCAAAGAAAAAGCAUUUGAAAAUUCUACAGUUGGGAAUUUUUAUUUCACAGAAAACUCUCAAAUCACUUCUAUAGAAGAUUAUGCAUUUAGAAAUUGUUCAAAAUUAAGAUCAUUUAAUUAUUCAUUUCCUAAUUUACAAACAUUAGGAAUGUCAUCAUUUAAAGAUUGCAUUAAUUUAGAAGAUUUUACAUUUUCAUCACCUAAUUUGGUUAUUAUGACUAACACAUUUGAGAAUUGCAUUAGAUUAAAGAAUGUAAUUAAUAUUUCGAAUGUUCCUGAUAAUUGUUUUUGUGGAUGUGCUAAUUUAGAAAAAGUUACAAUUCGAGAAGGAUCAAAAUCGAUUGGAAUUAAAUCAUUUGAAAAUUGUUCUUCAUUAGAAAGUAUUAAAAUUACACAAUCUAUUCAAUAUAUUUUAGACUAUUCAUUUCUUUAUUGUAAGAAGCUAAAAUCAAUUACAUUCAGUGAAACAAAUUUACUUGAUACAUUUUCAAUUAAUUCUAUUUCAGAAUGCGAAUCUCUUACAAAUAUCAGUAAUUUUUCAUCAGAUAAAUUCAAAUGUAUUUAUAAUACUAUUUACCAAAUAAACAAUACUAAAUGGGAACUUAUUUUUCAUUUGAGUCCCUCAAAAGACAAAGAACUCAACAUUAACUGCAGUGUUAUCUGUAGUUAUUCAUUCAAUUCGAGUAACAAUAUUGAGAAAAUCAAUAUUAAAUCAGAUAGUGUUUCUGUUAUUGAAGAUUAUUCAUUCAACAAAUGUCUUAAUCUCAAAUACAUCAAUUUCCCACUUUCAGUUUCAGAUGUUGAGAUUGAUGCAUUCCAUGAGUGCAAAUCCAUUCGAUGUCCUCUUAUUAUUGAGAACACAUCUACUGAUUAUAUUCGAAUGAUUGCUGCUUCUGGAAUUCCUCGAAGACUUAUGAUUUCAUGUCAUAUAGUUCAUGUUUCCAAAGAAUCAUUUAAAUCUCAAAUCUUUACGUCGUCCUUCUACACAUCUAUUCUGGAAACAUCUUACUAA